CUGGCGGCCCACCAAAGUCCUUAUCAAAUUCUAAGAAGUGAUCCCUCACUCUUCAGAUAGUCCAAGGAUAUCUCGGAGAGAGGAAGCACUGAGGAGUGAAGACCUGCUCGACAAGAUUUUUUUUUUUUACUGCGAAUGCACACAUUUAUAUAAAUUAUUGCUUUUUUAUUUUUAUUUGUUUUCAUCGAGAGGGAGGAGGACGAUUACCAUGGCAGCAGUGGCUGUACUGCGGAAUGAAACACUCCAGGCUUUUCUCCAGGAUCGCACUCCAAACUCUUCUCCAGAGAACUGUAAGCACUCUCCUCUGGCUCUCCUGGCGGCCACUUGUAACCGGAUCGGGCAUCACCACGGAUCAAACCCAACAGAUUUCAUCCAGGUCCCUUACGACCCCACUCUGAGCUCCCCUUCGCGUUUAUUUCACCCGUGGACUAACGAGGGCAACCAUCAGAGCAGCCUGGCCAGCAACUCCACUUUCGGACUAUCCUCCAAGCCUCAGCUGUCUGCGCACAUCCAGAGCUCCUUCAGCUCGCACCACGAACUGCCCCUCACUCCUCCGGCGGACCCCUCGUACCCCUAUGACUUCUCCCCUGUGAAGAUGUUACCUUGCUCCAUGCAGUCUCUGCAGUCCACCUGCCCUCCCACCUACGUCCCCGCUGUCAGUUACGCAGCCCCAACACCCAUUCCGCCGGCGAUGCCAAGUUUUGUCACGGGACCCUCCGGCCUUGUGCACCACCAGCAGCAGAGACAGUUGUCCCCAAACCCUGGAGAGGAUAUUCCGUGGUGGAGCCUCCAGCAGGGGAACCAUGUAAGCCACUCUUCUUCUCUCGGCCCGCAUCGCUUCCAGCUGCAGAGAGGCUUGGUUCUGGGACAUACGGACUUUGCGCAGUAUCAGACGCAAAUCGCGGCUCUGCUGCACACAAAGUCCCCUCUCGCAACUGCGCGGCGGUGCAGGAGAUGCAGAUGUCCGAACUGCCAGUCCUCCACGUCCAGCGACGAGCCUGGGAAAAAGAAACAACACAUUUGUCACAUACCGGGUUGCGGGAAAGUUUAUGGCAAAACUUCUCACCUCAAAGCGCACCUGAGGUGGCACUCUGGAGAGCGACCGUUUGUGUGCAACUGGCUGUUCUGUGGCAAGAGUUUCACCAGGUCGGACGAGCUGCAGAGACACCUGAGGACUCACACGGGGGAGAAGCGCUUUGUAUGCCCGGACUGCUGCAAGAGGUUCAUGAGGAGUGACCACUUGGCAAAACAUGUCAAAACUCACCAGAACAAAAAAAGCAAGUGCCACGACAAGACACUUGACUAUGUCAAAAGGGAGGACACGAGGAAUAUGUUGUAACACACUUUAUAGUCAUUUCAAACAGUAGAAAUCACUAGUGCAAUACAGUCAGUCCUACAUUAGUUAAAGUACUCAGUGAGCUCCAUUUCUAUAGGGUAUUUUCCUUAUUUUGUUGGUUAACUUCUUACAUACUGACAAUAGUUUCUAACAUUGCUGGUCUGUGUAGCACAUUUCUGUGUAUAUAUAAAGUUUCAUAAGUUAAUUUGGGACCAUGGAGAAGUUGUUGCUCAUGAGUUUGAAUUCACUGUCUAUAUCAUAUCAAGGAAGACAAGUUUUCAACUUGUGUUUUGAUCAUUGUCUUCGGUGGAAGAUUUCACUCCCCUGUAAAUUAUAUUUAAUAGCUUUUGUUGAAUGAAAGUGUCCGUUUUUGCUCCAUAUGGGGUGUUUUUAAGCAUGCUCUUGAGAAGAUCUGCUAUUGUUAAUAUGACCCAAAUACUG